CUGGCGCAGGCGCGCCGAGGGUAGUGGCGUGGGGGCACGGCGGAGCGCGCGGUCAUUGCUGCCAUGUCGGGUCCGGGGCUGGUGGCCGGGGAGGUGGCGGUGGAUGCGCUGCCCUACUUCGACCAGGGCUACGAGGCGCCAGGCGUACGCGAGGCGGCUGCCGCCCUGGUGGAGGAGGAGACGCGGCGCUACCGGCCCACUAAGAAUUACCUCAGCUACCUGCCCACACCUGACUACAGCACCUUUGAGACUGAAAUUAUGCGGAAUGAGUUUGAGCGCCUGGCAGCCCGGCAGCCCAUAGAGCUCCUCAGCAUGAAAAGGUAUGAGCUGCCUGCUCCAUCCUCGGGUCAGAAGAAUGAUAUCACAGCAUGGCAAGAAUGUGUUAAUAACUCAAUGGCUCAGCUGGAGCAUCAGGCUGUUCGGAUUGAGAAUCUGGAGUUAAUGUCUCAGCAUGGCUGCAAUGCUUGGAAAGUGUAUAACGAACACCUGGUUCAUAUGAUCGAACAAGCUCAGAAAGAACUACAGAAAUUGAGGAAAAACAUUCAAGAUCUCAACUGGCAGCGAAAGAACAUGCAGCUCACAGCUGGGUCUAAGCUACGAGAGAUGGAGUCAACGUGGGUGUCUCUGGUCAGUAAAAACUAUGAGAUUGAGCGAACGAUUGUGCAACUAGAAAAUGAAAUCUUACAAAUUAAACAGCAGCAUGGGGAGGCCAACAAGGAGAACAUCGAGCAAGACUUCUGAGGUCUGACCCCUGCCAUUCACUGCAGCACAUUUGCAACUUUUUUUUGUGGAGAGGCCACGUGUCCUUAGGCUCUCUAAUAUCUGCAUGUGUAAUGAGAUGGAAAACCAUCAUCAGUUCUCAGUUUCUUGUUUUAAAGACUAGGAGGAGAUAGAGCAGAUUCAGGAAAAAAAUCCUGCUCCAUAGACUGAAUGCACAAGGAUUUCAUGUGUGAAUCAGUGGUUCUUAGAACCAUAUCUAUUUGUUUUUGUAUUUCUUAUACCUGAAAUAAACAUUUUUCUAACUUUCUUUGGCUUCUGAUAGCCGUAAACAUCUGAGCAUUGUCAGAUACUAAACCUCAUGCAGGUACCUUAA